ACACUCUUCACGGAGAUGGACACACUGCAGCAUGACGGCGAGGAGAUGGAGUGGAAAGAGUCGGCCAGGUGGAUAAAGUUUGAAGAAAAGGUGGAGGAAGGCGGGGAGAGGUGGAGCAAGCCCCACGUGUCCACGUUGUCUUUGCACAGCCUGUUUGAGCUGCGGACGUGUCUACAGACGGGAACAGUGCUCCUGGACUUAGAUGGCUACUCUUUGCCCCAAAUUAUAGACGAUGUCAUUGAGAAGCAGAUCGAGGAUGAUCUGCUCAAGCCAGAACUGCGGGAGAAGAUAACCUACGUGCUCCUCAGGAAGCACCGUCACCAAACUAAGAAGCCAAUCCACCGGUCCUUGGCUGACAUCGGCAAGUCCGUCUCCUCCAACACAACCAACGCGACCUUGUUCGAUGCUUCAGCUCCAGUGGCACCAAACACCACUAACAUUUCUCUGUACAAUGCUAUUAACCUAACAGCUCUGGACUGGACCCAGCUGAGUAAGAAGGAGUGUCUCAAAUACGGCGGCAGCUUAGUGGGGAAAUCCUGUAAAUUCGUGCCUGACCUGGCCCUUAUGUCCUUCAUCCUCUUCUUCGGGACUUACUCCAUGACCUUGACCCUGAAAAAAUUCAAAUUCAGCCGCUAUUUCCCCACCAAGCUGCGUAAACUUAUUAGCGAUUUCUCUAUCUUUAUGUCCAUACUAAUGUUUGUGGGGCUGGAUGUGCUUUUUGGACUCAACACCCCAAAGCUCCAAGUGCCUACUGAUUUUAAGCCCACCCGUGUGGACCGAGGGUGGUUCGUGUUUCCCUUCGGGAAGAACCCAUGGUGGGUUUACCUGGCGAGCGCCCUGCCCGCCCUCCUCGUCACCAUCCUCAUCUUCAUGGACCAGCAGAUCACGGCCGUCAUCGUCAACAGGAAGGAGCACAAGCUGCGGAAAGCAGCGGGCUACCACCUGGACCUGUUCUGGGUGGGCAUCCUCAUGGCUGUCUGCUCCUUCAUGGGGCUGCCCUGGUACGUGGCUGCCACUGUCAUCUCCAUUGCCCACAUCGACAGCUUGAAGAUGGAGACGGAGACCAGCGCCCCAGGGGAGCAGCCCCAGUUCCUGGGUGUCAGGGAGCAGAGAGUGACGGGCAUCAUCGUCUUUGUGCUGACGGGGAUUUCUGUCUUCCUGGCCCCUAUCCUGAAGUACAUUCCCAUGCCGGUGCUCUAUGGCGUCUUUCUGUACAUGGGCGUCGCGUCGCUGAAUGGCAUCCAGUUCUGGGACCGCUGCAAGCUCUUCCUCAUGCCAGCCAAGCACCAACCCGACUAUGUCUUCCUCCGGCACGUGCCAUUACGUCGCAUCCACCUCUUCACGCUGGUGCAGAUCAUCUGCCUGGCUGUCCUCUGGAUCCUCAAAUCCACCGUGGCCGCUAUCAUCUUCCCCGUCAUGAUUUUAGCCCUGAUCCUGGUGAGGCGGCUGCUGGAUUUUGUCUUCUCCCAACACGACCUGGCCUGGAUUGACAACAUCAUCCCCGAGAAGGAGAAGAAGAAGGAGGAUGACAAAAAGAAGACGAAAAAAGGCAACAAAGGAGACAGCAGCAGCGAUGAGGAGGAAAGAGGUCCUCCACCUGGAGCUUUGCGUUCUGAUUCCUCCCCGAAUGGUUCAGACCUGGAUCGCAGUAUUACGCUUCACCUGAAGAUUUCAUGCCCAUCGUCUCCCGCAUUUAACUACUCCCGAAACCCCAUCUGUGCCGUGCCCCAGGUGAAGAUAGAGAUGGAGUCGGACUAUGAGGACACCGACACCGAAAAACCACCUCGGGACAUGGGCAGUGAGACCACACUAUAGUCCCACGCAGCACUUCCUCUGCGAUUUAUAUAUAUAUAUAGAUAUUUAUAUAUUCAUAUAUAUAUAUAAAGCAAAUUGGGCUUAUUUUUCUAUGUGAGAUGGAGGAGACCGGUGGCCCCAGGGGUCCAUUGCUCCGGUAGUUUUUAGCACCAUGAGUUAAAUGCGUUGUUGAAUUUCCUCCCUUUUUGUUGGGCGAAGGCAUCACCACUGGCAGCGAAACGAGGCUGAAAAGGUGGAGUUGAUGAUUUUUUUUUUUAACCUCUGCUCACCUCAGAAGCCGCUGCUGGGCUGGAGAAGCUGAAGGUGGUUGGGACUGUGGGAGCAGCUGGGCUGGGGUGAUGUUUUCAAGGGGGAUUUUUGGGAUGGGGAGGAGGUUUGCAUGGCUGAGAAGGAAGGGGGAGCACACGUCCCUGCUCCCCGAUCUCUGAAAUCACAGUGCCGCUCUCGAGGAGUCGUUUCAUGAAGGGGAUGGUGCAUGGGCCUUUGUGUUGGCAAGAGGAUGCCAGUCCAAGCCUUCUUUGCAGUACAGCAUCCCAGGCGUGGCGGUGGGCAUGCAGGAGGGAUUCGGGGUGGAUGCAUAUGAGGGGACAAGAAGGCACGGCAGGGUUGUAAAGGAGCCAGGGGCCCGGAGUGAUGCCCCGGGAAGGAAAGGCGGAAAAGCAGCUCAGGUUUAAGGUUGUUGAGGGCAGCCAGGCUGCAGCCGGAGAGCAGAGCAGGGGCCUUGGUUUCCACAGGGAACAGGGAACAUUUUCUGCAGGCAGGGGGGCAUGGUUUCUACCAGGAAAUGGUUGCUGCAGCAAAGCCAUUCAGUCGCCAGUCCCCAUGUCCUCACCCACAGCUCUCCCAGGGCCACCUGUAGCCCCACGGGUUGUUACAGCCCUAUCUCUUCCUCCAGCCAGGAGCCAUGAUCUGGCUGGAGCAGCCUGUCUGCCUGCCCAGCCCCUGCGCAAGGGCCUUUGCACCCACCCCAGCUCCUCCAUCCCAGUUAUUCGCACGUGGCUUAACAGCCAGCAGCUCCUAACAGGGAGGGGAAAGCAAGCCUGUCCCCCCCCCCCCACGUACCCACCCGUGCUUUUGGGCUUGCAUCCAGCAGCUCCCAGCUUGGUCUCCGCUGGCAUUUUGGCUCCGCAAAGGGGUCUUCCCUCCCACCGCUGCCUUCAGGUCCUCCGGGAAAGGAAGGGAAGGGAGCAGGGCAGGAGCCAGCACCAGCAUCAAGCUCAGUUUGGCUCUGUCCAGGUCUCACCACCUUUUUUUUCCCAGCAGCACCAGGGGGGUGAUGAAGCUUUUAAAGGAGUUUGGGUUUUGGGGUUUUUUUCCCCUCUUUCCACAGGCUAAGCCCAGCUGCAGUUUAGAAACACUGGUCUGAAGCAACCCUCUCAAAUCUGUUUCUUUUCCUUAAUUUUGCUAGAUGGAUUCUUUAUUUUUUUUCUCUAUUUCAAAUCUCACAGAGCCCUAAACCCUUACCCUGAGCAGAAACAGCCUACCUGAUAUUUAUACCAGCCAUACAGGGGUUUCUGGGACACCAGUUAAAUACUGCAACUGGUCUGAACCUUUGCAUGGAACAGAUCCCAGUUCUCUGUAAAUAGUUGAAUCCAACAAAGACUUGAAGGCAAUUUCAUAUUUAUAGCAAUUUUUUUUUCUGGUUCAAGUACAUUUCAUAGGGAAACAUGGCAAGAUAAAGAACACGGCAUUACUCCCGUCACCACUCAAGAGCCAUGUAGCUUGAUGUUAACAUUAAGAUUUCAACUUGAACACAUUGUUGUCUGUUUUGUAGCAUUUUGUACCCAUCUCCUGUGUGGUAGCUGAAGUGGGAUACAGGUAGGCUUAUCAUUUUAAUGAAACAGGUUUAUUUGCUUUACCCGGUACACAACACCCACCCCAGAAAGGCUUUGCGGACUCUGGUAGAUGUUUCCUAGAGCAGAGCUGAAGGCAGUCUAGCAUCCAGCUCAUUUUGACUAAAUUUGUCCAUUUCGCAAGGCUCAUAACAUGGUUUAUACUUUUGUAUAUGAACACAGUGGAACAUCUCAAGAGUUGCCACCUCCAUCACAGUACCGCAUUAGCCAUUUUGUAUUUAUCUGCAAUACAACCCAAUAAACCUCGUUUCAAUGAGUCUCUUUAGUGUCUUUCUGGUGCAGAGUCCUCCAACCUCAGCUCUCCUUCCCACAUUUAGUGUUUUUAUGAGUGCUCUCCCCUCCAGGAGAGGGCCACAAACAUGGAGUUAGUGCUGACUCACCAAGCACCUCCAGCAACAGCCCUUUAAUGUCACCACAAACCUUUCCUGCUCCCAAAAAGGUGGGAUCAGUCUUUCCAGGGACUACAUGAAGAGGAAGGAGUCCAAGGUCUACCUCACUACCCACAAACAACACUGCCUGUAAGUUUUUUCCAUCCUGCCAGCAGCAGCACAACCCCAGGUAAGGUCUGCAUUCAAUGGAUAAUUAGAGCUUGCAAACUCAUUAGAGGACUGAGUGUACACUUGUCGUGGUUUAGGCCCAGCCGGU